AUGGAGCACGUAAGCAAAAGCGUCACCCUUGUCGAGCUCAAACGUUCUCUCGUGCCCCCGAAAUGGGAGGAUACCGUGCGUGUCAUUGGCAUGUCGGAGUGCAAGGAGGCCGGCCUUUCGCUGGCCCACGCCUUUGCUGCUGAUGAUCUUAGCCAGUAUCUCCUUGAUGCCGACGAUAUGGCCAACCUAUCGGCCGAGUCGAAGUGGAAGCUGCACGUCGACAUCAUGACGUACAUCGCAGCUGCCCACUCUCUUAACGGUAUUGUCACCACCAUUGGCUCAGACUACGAUGCCGUUGCGCUGUGGAUGCCUCCUGGAAAGGACACUGAUGGAUGGUUGACCAUCCUCCGCAGCGGGUUGUGGCGGCUCUAUUUCCAGCUAUCUGUGGAAGCUAGACGUCGAUACUACGACGAGCUACUGCCUCUGCUGCAUGACACCAAGCUGGAGGUCAUGGGCGAGCGGGACAAUGAUUGCUACUACCUGGUCUACCUAGGGACCAAGCCCAACGCCCGGGGCAAGGGGUAUGCGAAGAAGCUGCUCAACGACAUGAUUGAGAGGGCCGACGCGGAAAAUCGUGCCGUCUACCUCGAGUCCAGCUCUCUGUCCAACAACGAGUACUAUCUCAAGUAUGGUUUCGAGUUUAAGCGCGAGAUUCGGAUGACGCGUGGAGACACACCCGUCAGCCUGUUCAUCAUGGUCCGCGAACCACGCGCGCACAAGAGCGGGGGAGGUCAGACGUACUCGACGGUAGUCUCGAGCAACAUCAAGCUGCAGAUCAAUGCCGUGAUGAAGGAGACGGCCAGGGUCUGA